CAUUUCUGAUCGCAGGUUUGCUCAAUUGCCACUUCACUGAACCAAUGCCGGACCCCGGAUCGCCUUCUGGCAAGAUCCGUCGUGGACAUACAGGUUGCAAGGCGUGCCGGCGCCGAGGCAAACGCUGCGACGAGAGCAAGCCAGUGUGUCGAGGUUGCCAGAGACUCUCACAAAACUGCGAAUAUGGCACCAACUUUUCCUUUCGUCAUUACGGCGCCUAUCAAAACCACUCACGCAAUGUGCGGCAUACAUCCAUGCCUGGUCCAAAAGGAUGCUCGGAUUCUUUGCCUCAACAAAAAUGGCCGGGAGCCGCGCCAGGACGAAUUUUCGUAAAAGCAAGACCGAAUGCAGCCCUUCCCUCGGCACCGUCUGCGGAAGACGACAUUUACUUUAAGCACUUUGACAGUCAUGUGCGAGCCGUAUUGCCCGGUUCUCUUAAAGAAAUCCCCCAGAGCAGCAUCCUGUCUUCUGAUUCCCUGCGCUACGCUGUCCUUUGCUUGUCUGCCUCCAACCUGUCCAUGCUCGACACUCGCGUGGAUUCCCGUCGGCUUCCAUCCGAUGACCGAAUAUCAGUCUUCAGCCCAAUAGCCAACCGCACACACCACGAUCAAGCACGAAAAUACCACGACCUGGCGAUGGCUGGUGUUGGCUCCUCGGAGAAGAUCAACGAACCGAUACAUUAUGCGGUGGUCUUGGCCACCAAGGUCCUUCUGGCCAUAUAUCACCACGCGUCGACCGACCACUUGCACUUCCGACUGGGGAUAGAGAGCACUCACCAUUUCGUUUCCCGGCAUAGCAUGACCCUCUUGCAGACCGAACUCGGGCUUCAAGCCUUGCAAAUGUGGCAUCGCCUCUCCGCCUCCUCUCGGACAUCGAGAGACCCCUCCCUCCUCCUGGAAGGUGAAUCUAACCCAUAUCUCCAGUCCAAAUAUCCCUCGCCGCAUACGAUGGAGGGCCUGUCCCUGACUUGCAUUUUGAGGAUGAGUUCGGAUGAAUUGAUUUAUGACAUUUUGAUCAAAACCAUCGGGAUCCGAAGAAGGGCAGUCGUGUUCCGUGCCGUGGCCGGUGUGCACAAUAUCUCCAACGAAUCCAAAAACCUUGGACCCCUGGCUCAUGAUCAUCUGGAAAGAUUGCUGGGCAACCAUGGCAGGAAAGAAGAGCACGACGAAGCACAGACGACCUUUGUCAGAGGGUCUCACUUGAUCGGGCUCCUACAAAUUCAACGAGACAGACUGACCGUGUGGAAAACUCGGAUUGACAGGGAAUUCCAAAGUAGUCUGCAUGAUGGUCAUGUGAGCUUGAGAUAUGACGAUUUCCCUCCAUUUUCUCGUCAUCGAGAUGCCAUGAAUGCGCUCUACUACCUCCUUUGCCUAGUGAUGAUCGAGACACUUCAAAGAGAGGACUCCGGAGUUGACUCGCCCAAGUCGACGUCUCAGACAUACAUUUCCCCCAUUCAACGGACCGUGGACAUUAUGCUCGGUAUCAUUGACGUGCUCGACUUCGCCACGUCGAACACUUCAGACGUGUAUACUUUUAGUUUGACGGAAGUUUUGCUACAGUUGGCGCUCGCAUGGCAUUCCACCUCGACCUUCCACCAUAUUCUUGAUAUCACCUGGCCUCUCCUCGAGACCCGAGGACGUGGGUUUGAACAUUCACACUAUCCCACUCACUUAGCGAAGCGCAUCAUCGCUCUCCUGGCCAGUAACUGGGCUCGAGGAAGAUCCAUCAACAUUGCCUCUUUGGCUGUCGAGGAAAGCACCCCAAAACUACACUUGUUGGCGAUUGGCAAGCCGGUUGAUCUCGUGGUUUGCGGCCAUGACAUUCAUGGAAGAUACUUUGUCGACAGAGUACCAUUGUCGUGAAUCUCGAGGUUGAAGACACUCUUCCGAUUUGCCCUUGAUCCUGCAGGGUAAGUAGGUAGUCCCAUCUGCGCCGGCUGUUGUCUUUAGGCCGUGCGAAUGCUGUGCAAGGUACAAGGUCUCACCAUGGCGAACGGGCAUUGGUGCUGAUGCUCGGUGAGUGGUCUGGGUGGCUCAGCGGUUACGUGGUGUGGUGUGGUGUGGUGUGGUGGAACGAGACGUGGCUAACGGCGACGGUAGGACUGCACCACGCUGAUGAGGGCCGGGGCCACGACCGAAGAGACCUUUGAUUCUAAUUUAACCACUACUGGGAGGCUAUGGCCAGCAGCAGAAAGCGAGUAGGCCGACCGAUACCGUGACCAUUGAGGCUCUCUUCUGUCUCCUAUCGGUGCUCUUCAAGUGCAAGGUCUCCCGUCCUCAACGAAAUACUUCAAGUGAUAUAACUACCGUCAAUUGAAUGACGCUGGGUGGAAAUAUCUUGUAGGUUUCGACACUCUUUUUGAUGGGUUUUGUGGAUGGGCACAUAGGUACUAGUACUUAGAUGUUCACCCUUAGGUUCCAACUCGCACGCCAUAUCGCGUGAUGAGUGUUUGCCUCGUUUGGUUCGCCAGAUUCAACAACUCGCAACCCCAUUCGGGACACGGCACUCCAGCGACUUUGAGAGCCCAUUUCCCACAUUCUUCGAGCCGACGGAUCGCGGCGGUAAUGGCUUCUGGCAUUGUCACCACCAGAGAGUCGAUGCAUCGACAUGGAUUCCAGAAACAUGUUCAUCGACGGAGUCGCUAAGC